UCUUGGGACGCUAUUGGAUGGGAAAAUUGGAACCUCGUAAAUAAAGAAUAUGUAGUGCUAUGCAAAAGUGACAAGGCGGAAGAACAAUGAUAUUAUUCUCGGGUGCACAAGGAUACGGAGUGACGAGAGGGGGGAAGACACCGGAGGGCGGAGGGAGACGUGAGGUACAAGUAGUGCGGCGAGAUUAAGGCGGAGGACGGAGGAACGAGGAGGGGGAGAUGUGAGGUGCAAGUGUGGAGGGUGGAGUAAGCAGGGAGGAGUGCCGAGGAGCCAGCACGGAGCUACGGGAUGCGCUAUUUACACUCGGCUAUGUGGCGCGGCGCCGCUACUUUCCACAUGAAUAGCGCACGAGCCUUUCUUUCGACGAUGCCCUAAACAUGGCCCCUGUAAGUUACCGCUGCUCCGAGGUUCCCCCGGGGAGGAUCAUGGCUUUCUCCAUCUCUCUGUCGGCUUGCCUGGCGUGUGUGUGUCUGGGAGCUGCGUCCAGCCGAGACGUGCUGCUGGAAGGGCGUACAGGCGCUCAGCAAGAGCAGCAGCAGCUCCUCCAUCCCAUCUUCAACAGCCCCCUCAGCCUCCACCAUUCUGCCUUGUGGAUUCAAACUACACAGGGAGCCCCCUUGGCACAGAACCUGGCGGAGGAUUUACCCAAACAUGUGGCAGCCUUUCUGUAUAAAGGGUCCCCCGGGGAGCUCCAGGCAGCGUCGUGCUCCAAGAGGUACCAGUUAAGCGGCUUGUCGGGGGCGUCUGCAACUUCUGGCCACCCCACCUUGCUCCGAGCCCUGGAUCUGCUGCUUCACGCCACCAACUUCUUAAACAUGGUUUUACAAAGCAAUAAGUCCAGGGAGCAGCACCUGGAGAGAGACGUGGAGUGGUAUCACGCCUUGAUCAAAAGUAUUCUAGAAGGCGAGCCCACCGUAUUCCGAUCUGCCGUCACCUUCAACGUGGACCCCGUGUCCCACGCGCCUCAGGUGUUCCUCCAGGCCACCAGAGAGGAAGGCAAGAUACACUUACAAGAUCUGUCAUCGUCCGCCCAUCAUCUGGCUAAUGCCACGGCGGCGGAAAAUGACUGGUGGUACCCUGUCAAGCACAAGUGGAGGCCUCAUCUGCACAAGCGACUUUCGCACGGUGCUAAAACUUUUGAGGAUGGCUGGAAGAAAGGCAAUAGCCACAUCGCCGACAGGAGUCACGUUAAGUGGUCCUCGCCCUAUUUGGAAUGUGACCGUGGAAAAUACCGCCCUCACUGGCUGCUUACCCUCUCGGCUGCGUUUUAUGGCUUUAAGCCGAACCUUGUCCAAGAAUUCAGGGGAGUUCUUAAAGUGGAUGUAAACAUUCAAAAUAUCGACAUUGACCAAUGCUCAAAUGAAGGAUGGUUUUCUGGAACUCACAGAUGCCAGCAUAACAGCUCAAAGUGUGUACCUACGAAAGGUCUUGGAUUUGUUCUCGGAGCCUACAAAUGCACUUGCAAGGCUGCUUUCUAUUAUCCCCAUGGCAUGUUUUCAGAGAACGGCUUUCAAAGGCCGAACAUGGUUAAUCAUUUUCCAAGAGGAGAAAUAUCUGAAGAAGAAUAUAAGUGUCUUCCCUGCAGGGAAGGAUGUUCUAACUGCACAGAUGAUGCUCCCUGCUAUGCACAAGAGGACAAGUAUUUACGGAUUGCUAUCAUCUCCUUCCAAGCUUUCUGUAUGCUCUUGGACUUCAUAAGCAUGCUAGUAGUCUACAGUUUUCGCAGAGCAAAGAGUGUUAGAGCCUCAGGAUUGGUUCUGUUGGAAGUCAUUCUGUUUGGGUCGCUUCUCCUGUAUUUUCCAGUUGUCAUAUUAUAUUUUGAACCAAGCACUUUUCGAUGCAUUCUUCUCAGAUGGGUUCGACUUUUGGGCUACGCAACCGUCUAUGGAACAGUGACACUCAAGCUGUUCAGGGUUCUGAAGGUAUUUCUGUCUCGCACUGCCCAGCGCAUUCCUUAUAUGACAAGCUGCAGAGUUAUCCGGAUGCUGUCUGUCAUUCUUUUAUUAGUUCUGUGGUUUCUGGUUGCCUGGACUUCAGCAGUGUGCCAGAACAUGGAUAGAAAUAUUCCAUUAAUUGUUCAAGGAGAAACAUCAGAUAACCUACAAUUUAAUAUGUGUCUUUUAGACCGCUGGGAUUAUAUGAUGGCUGUUGCUGAAUUUCUUUUCCUUCUGUGGGGGGUAUAUCUUUGUUACGCAGUUCGGACAGUACCAUCUGCAUUUCAUGAGCCCCGUUACAUGGCUUUUGCAGUCCACAAUGAGCUUAUUGUCUCAGCCGUAUUCCAUACUAUAAGGUUUGUUCUUGCGCCAAAACUUCAACCAGAUUGGAUGCUGAUGCUGUUCUUUGUACACACUCAUCUGACUGUCACUGUAACAGUUGGACUGCUGCUUAUACCUAAGUUUUCACGGUCACACAGCCACCCUAGAGAUGACAUAGCAGCUGAGGCGUAUGAAGAUGAAUUAGACUUGGGCAGAUCUGGCUCAUAUCUCAACAGCAGUAUCACUUCUGCAUGGAGUGAACAUAGUUUGGAUCCUGAAGAUAUAAGGGAAGAGCUAAAGAAACUAUAUACCCAACUGGAGAUCUACAAGAGGAAGAAAAUGAUUGCAAAUAACCCUCAUCUUCAGAAAAAGAGAUGUUCCAAAAAAGGGCUGGGGAGAUCAAUUAUGAAGCGAAUUACUGAGAUUCCAGACUCUGUGAGCAGACAAUGUUCAAGGGAGGAAAAAGACACUACAGAUCACAGCAAUCCUAAAAAUAAUGUUGGCAGCAGUAAAAAACAUCUUCAAGACUCAGUAAUGCAUAAUGCAAAAUCAAAGGAGGAACCCUCAAAACAUAAACUGUAUUCUUUAAAAAAGUCCCAUAGCAGCUAUGACCAUUUGAGGUCUGAAGUCGAAACACCCAAUGGAAUUUCCACUGAAAAAUUAGAUGGAUGUAAAAAAUCAAUACAUAGCCCAGUAAAUGGGAAGAAACCAACUAAAAAUGGUUCAGAGCUUGAAGCGUUCUCUGUUGACAAUGUUCCUUUGGUUUGCAAAUCUGCUAGUGCUCAUAAUCUAUGUGUGGAUAAGAAGCCUUUGCAUCCCAGCUUGUCUGUCUUGCAAAAAUCGUUAAGCGCAGUCGCCAACUCUAAGAAUAAGAGCUUGGGUCUAACUGAAAAGACACAAAGUGCAGAAGACACUGAUAAAUGUCAUAUAAAAGACUCUGUUUACCAAGAGCAUCAGCCCUCUGUGGCUAACUUUGACAAGGAGGAAAUUAUGGAACAUCAGCAAUAUACAUCAAGUCCUAUCGAGGAAAUUCAUAAACUCCACAAAUCUGGAAUAAUGAAACAACAAGUAAUGAGCCCGCAUUUACCAGAAUCCGAAAAAUUUAUCACCGCUAUGGGAUACAAAGAUAAGUUUGACAUUGAAGAAGUAUGUCCAUGGGAGAUGUAUGAUCUUCCCCCCGCUGUGCCUUCUGAGAACAAAGUCCAGAAACAUGUUUCGAUUGCUCCAAUGGAAUCAGAAAAGAAUCACACGUCACGUUCGAAAAGUAAAUCCCAUAACCGAUCCAAAACUGGUGAGCCUGGGCAUCAGCAGUCAAAGCAAAAGGGGCACACAAAAACAGACCUAAAUAGUAGGGAAAUGCAAGAACAGGCUCUAAAAGAGGAACAUUUAAAAAAAACUCCAAUUUAUGAUACUAGUACAGUGGAUCAGCAGACAGCAACUAAACAAACGACUAAAUCACAUGAAAAAGAGGGCCAAAGUAAUAUCCCACUGGUUGAAGGUGUUUUAACCUCACCAGAACCCCAUCAUAAUUCUAAUAAUAACUUGCUGCAACCUUUAGCUCUGAGAGCUGAAGUGUGUCCCUGGGACUUUGAAGCCCCAGACGUUUUAAGUGUAGAAAAAAGCAAGGCUUCACCUACCACUACUGUUCUCAGUCCAACAUCACCUUCGAGAAACACGGCCACCUCUCCUUUGAAAAAGAGGGUCCUUGGAAUGCCAAUAAAAGUUCCAUCUGCGAAAAAAGACACUGAAACUGAAAAAGAUAAAACAAAAGGGUUGGAUCCUCUAGGAUCAGUGCUUAAGAUGGAUAAAUCGAAAAGUGCAGAAGUCUGCGCUUCCGCAGGAGACAUUACUCUAGGAGUAGAAACAAACAAAGUGAAGAGUUCAUCAAACGAGCAUGGCAUAGACAGAUGCAGAUUAGCAGAAAUUUGUCCUUGGGAAAGCCUUUCUUCUUCACAGUCAGAGCAAGACACAUUAGCAUCAGAUGUCAAACACAACAAAACAAUGCAAGGUUCAAAUAUGGUGGAAAUCUGUCCAUGGGACUAUGAAGACAGCAACAAGGGGAAGGAGGGAUGAUUGAAGUCCUUUUCAUUGAUGACUCCUUCAUUAAACAAUAGUCGAACUGAAAGAGAGAUCUAGCCUAUUCACUUGACAUAUUUAACCUUAAUAGCACUACUAAUUUAAUGCAUCCCAAAAAUACAUUUUCUAAAACGACUGCUUUCAUUUUCUUAUUAGCGUCUCUAUUUCUUGUACACCGUUGUGUCUCAUAGUAAAGCAUUCCAGAUUGUAUAAUAUUUGCAAUUAACUUUGAUAUUUUGUGACACAACACAUUUAUGCAAAAUUUGCAGAUACUGUAUUGAUAUUGCAACCAAAAUACCUACUACUAAACUUUUUAUCUAUAGGAUUCGUGUAACUUUUCACUUAGCUUUUCGAGGCACCUAUUAUAUGAGAACAAACGCUUUUCGUUGCAGUGGUUUAUAUUGUGAAUUUUUAUUUUUUUUUGUUUUGGUUAUCCCAGUAUAUUAAUCAGUACUGUAGUUUAAUACUGUCCUUUAUAAGGUUUGUUCUAUAUUUUUUAAAGGAAUGUUACCAGUAUAUGCUUAGUGAUUAGAGCCUUAGAAUAAGUAGAAAAUGAACCAGUCCUAUCGAGGUUUGGAUUGUUAUUAGGUCUGAGGUCAGCAUUUUGCCUGUUUGAUAUUAUAACCUUGAAACUCAUUCAGUGAAAUCAGUCCUUCAGUACAUGCAUUUAUGUUCUUAGGAAUCCCUUGCUUCUAUUAUUUUGAAUAUUUCAAUAUUUUUUUCCAGUAGCAUCCAACACCACCCUACUACAGCUGGUUAAUUUUUAGUAUGAUACGAUCCCCUUUAAGAAUUGUGUUAGAUAUAGUGGUCCUGUGGUUAAAAAAGGAUGCAGAACUCUACUGCACAAUAAUGUGAUUAAAUAAUUCCAGGUUCCCGCCCAACUGCAAGGUUUAAUGGAAUGGAACCCACUGCAUGGAUAUUUUUGGUGUUUUUAAUGUUAAACAUAAUCAUUGCUUAUGAGCACACUAUUAACACCAUAUGAAAAUAUGAUAUAAACACUAUUUAGUUAGUAAUGAAUACUACAGUGGUUGUUAGUAACCCUUAGCUCCACGUGGAGCACGUAGUAGCUUAAAUUGGGCAACAUUAUGAAAGAGCUGGGUCAACAGAGGUUUCCAGUUUUUUUUUCCGAUUCUCUGUCUACAUGAAAACGUAUCUUUGUGUGUGUUUGUAUAACUGUAUAACAAAUAGUGUUGUCCAAAUAAUGGUCAGCAUUUUUCCCCAGUGAAACCUUUAUCAAGAUCAUCAGUCUGAUUGGAAA